AGAAAGAUUCCAUCCAGCAAACAAAAACCAGAAAAACGGAAAAGUCCAUUCUGUCUCUCUCUAUGAUUCUAUCUCUCGGUUUUCAAUACUCGGAAGCUCUGCGCUCGUUUGGCUAUGUUUUUUCAUGGCGCCAACAGCUUCCAGCGGUUUUCAUUCUCCCGUUGCUUUAGCUUUAAAUGCGGGCGUUCUUCGUUAUUCAAUGAAAUAAGCGGUCUCUCCUCUCCAGUCUCCACCUUCGUUUUCAGGUCGGUGUUUUCUGGGUUUUAAUGGAUUCCAUCACAUUCGACCCGUGAGAUUUUGUAGUGUCGCCUCAGAAGUCAGAACCUCUAGGGUUGAAUUGAUGUAUUGAGAGGCUCAAACACUGCUGCAAAAUUUGCUCUUGGAUGUGGUUUGUUAAACUGGAUUGGCUUUCCUUGGACAAGAUUUUGAUCGGUGAAACUCCCGUUUUAGAUCCGUUUCAGGUUGAGGUGAUUUGAUGAGGGGAAAUGGAGGGGCGGAUGAAGAAAUACAGGCAAACGAGCCCGGAGAGGGCUAGAGUUUGGACGGAGCCGUCGCCGAAGCACCAGAAUAGAAAAGUUCCAGUGGUUUACUAUUUAUGCAGAAGCCGCCAUCUAGAACAUCCUCACUUCAUCGAAGUUCCCCUCUCGUCACCCGAAGGCCUCUACCUGAGAGAUGUGAUUGACAGGCUUAAUGUUCUGAGAGGAAGAGGCAUGCCUUUCAUGUACUCAUGGUCUUGUAAGAGGAGCUACAAAAAUGGUUUUGUUUGGCAUGAUCUUUCUGAGGAUGACUUGAUUCUUCCUGCACAUGGGAAUGAAUACGUUCUUAAAGGUUCCGAGCUCUUUGAAGAAUCAUUCCAUUCAGAUCGUUUCAAUCCAAAUGGUAGCACAAAAUUGCAGGCCCCGAAGCAAUUGCAAGACCCUGCAUCUAUCCGCAGCCAAGAGGCAUCUUCAUCUUCUUCGAGCAAGGCUGGGAAAGAUAUGAGGCGUCAAGAAGAGGAAUUCUCCCCUCCACUUCAACGACUGAGUCCUUCCGGUAUGUCCCCAGAUUAUAGAGUUGGAAAGAAUCCCCCUUGGGGUGGAUCUUUGAGCUUGACAGAGUACAAGGUUUCUAAAGGUGAUGGAGCAACUGAUGCUUCAACACAGACCGAGGAAAGUAUAAAGAGAACUAAUGGCCAAGAAACCCGUAUCAGAGGUGUUUCUACAGAUGAUGUCUCACUGGAGCUUGAGGAUCAUAAAAACCAGGUUCUGCAAGUGAAAGAGAACUCUGAACUUUGUAGGGAAGAGAUUUCCCCACCUCCAUCUUCUUCAAGCACAUCAUCUUCUUGUGGGAAGACAGAGACUUUAGAAUCUCUAAUCAGAGCAGAUGCUAGUAAAAUCAAUAGUUUCCGGAUACUUGAAGAGGAAGAAAUUCGCAUCUCUUCAAAUACUAAAUUCAAACCAGCAAAUGUGUUGAUGCAAUUGAUCUCUUGUGGUUCCAUCUCAGUGAAGGAUCACAGUUUUGGGCUCAUACCAACCUACAGACCAAGGUUUUCUCAUUCAAAAUUCCCCUCACCAUUAUUCUCUACUUCAGUGAUGCUUGGAGAGGUUGACUGCUUCUCAGAUAACCCAAGGCUGAUGAGCCUGAGAUUGGAAGAUAAAGACUACUUCAGUGGGAGCUUGAUCGAAACUAAAACUCUGAAGGAAGAGGAGGAUGGAUGUCCUGCCCUCAAACGCUCUUCUUCUUUUAAUGCUGACAGGACUUCUAAAGCAGCGGAUUCAGCAGAUGUCAAAGAGGAGACAGAGUCGACUCAUUCAAAAUGCAUCCCAAGAUCAAUCAAAGCAUCUUUAGGUAAGCAGCUAAGGAGUGAAACAAUGAGAUCUCCUGUUUCAGAGGGGGCAAGGAAAUCUUUGGUUGGAUCAGAUAGUGUACAAUCCAUGCCUCUGUCUGUAUCCAAUGGUAUCAGCAAAAGAAUCAUGGAGUUUUCAUCAGCAAAGAAACCAUCAAAGAGGCCAGACUCUUUUAGAGAAGAGGAUGUGAUCAAAAUUGAAGAAAGGCUUGCUUCAGGAGCUCGGGUUAUAAUCCACUCGAAGCCUCCUUAUGAUGAUAGUGGAGUAAUCUACUAGAGAAAAUAAAGUGGGUUGGGUUGGUGAGUCUCUUUACUACAUACUUGAAACAAAGGGGGAAGAGAAAUGUUUAUGGGAGAUUUGUAUAAUCUUGUAACAAACGUGUUGAUUUUGUUGUAUUUCAAGUGGAGGGACCUUGUUUGUUUGAAUUUUGAGGAAGGACCAAUGAGUAUUUUUGGCGGGUUGGUGCCUGGUGGUACUUCUGUAAAAUUCAAAAAAGGAUCAAAACAAAACAAGUUUCUUUGAAGAGAGAGAGAGAGAGAGAGAGAGAGUGGUGGUUGGGAUGCAGACUGCAUUGGUUGUGGACCAACUUCUUGUGGUGGUUAAGUUUUGUUGUCAACUUUGUUCAAUGAGAGUAUGUACUUUCCCAUGUCUCAUCUGCCAUUCUUCCUGUUUCUGCUUCUUAUGUCAACAGCACCAAUGCCCACCUGCGAAAUGGAGGUAGUGAAAGGGUGGUGCAGUAAUCUUGUAGAAAUAAGAUUAUGACAAAGGAAGUGGAGUGGAGUUGCAGAUUAGACAGAGCUGGGCUUGUCCACUUUUUAUUUAUUUAAUUUAAAGUUGCUUCACCAUUACUUCUUCCCCUCCUUUUUGUUUGUUUCGACUCUUGUAACAGAGGCAUAAGCUCAAUUGAUCAAAGCAAAGAAGUCAAACUCA